CACGCCCCCUUAAAACAUACUGCUCAAGCAAUGUGGUUACAAGAAUAAACAUGCAUCUUAAUGCAUAACACUUCCCAUCAGCAAUCCAGGCGACCAGGAAGUCUUGAGUUAAAUUGUGUGUAUGCUGCUUGCCUUCACAUGAAAAGGUGGCUGAAUUACCACUAACUUUAAAAGCAGCCUGGAGAACUGAUUGCAGCGAACACCGUGAGGUGGGACAACUUUGUAGUUAAAACUCUAAACAGAGGCCACUUACGACCCUUCUUUCCUUUUAUCUACGACUGAAAUAACCUUUUGUCAGCUGUCUGAAGAAGAUGGACUUCCACAAGCUCCUCUACACCAUCAGUGAGGCUCUGGCCACAGAAGACCUGGUGGCUCUGAAGUUUCUAAGCCUUGAACACAUCCCACUGCGGAAGCAGGAAGGCAUCCGUGAUCCUGAGGCCUUAUUCCUAGCACUCGAGGAAAAGGGCAUGAUGGAGGAAGACAAUCUGUCCUUCUUAAAGGAGCUGCUGUUCAGGAUAAACCGCAUAGACCUCCUAACUGAUAAACUGAGCUCCAGCAGAGAGGAGAUGGAGAGGGAGCUUCAAAUUCCAGGGAGGGCAAAGGUAUCUCAGUUCAGGUACCUGCUCUUCCAGCUCUCAGAAAACAUAACAACAGAUGAGUUGAAAUCUUUGAAGUUUCUUCUGAUGAAAGAGCUUCCAAAGUGCAAGCUGGACAAUGAGAUAACACUGAUCAAUGUUUUCAUUGAGAUGGAGAAGAAGGGACUACUGGCAGAAGAAAACCUAGAAACCCUCAAGACUAUUUGUGAGAAAAUUGACAAAAGCCUUCUGAAGAAAAUUGAAGAGUAUGAAUCAGAGCGAAAUGUGGAAAUGUACAUCACAGAAGGACAUGGAGGCCAAACAGGAGUCUCUGAAGUCCAGGACAGCCUUUGGCCAUCUCAGACUGCAUCGGAUUCUCCAGGCAUCCAUGGAGAAAUCCAGCAGCUUGACAUGUACAAAAUGAGCAGCCAGCCCCGUGGAAUCUGCCUGAUCCUGAACAAUCAUGACUUUACAAAAGCAAGAUCAGAGGUGCCUAAACUUCAAAACAUAAAAGACCGGAACGGAACAGAUGCCGAUGCAGCGGCUUUGAAAAAGGUCUUUACCAAACUUCACUUUGAGAUAGCAGAGCACAAAAACCUCACUGCACAGGAAAUCCGUCACACAGUGCACUUGUACAGGAGCAUGGACCACCAGGACCGGGACUGCUUUGUUUGCUGCAUCCUCUCCCAUGGUGAUAAAGGCAUCGUAUUUGGUACUGAUGGGCAGGAAACAUCUAUCCAGGAACUAACCACUUCUUUUACUGGCAUGAACUGCCCCUCACUUGCUGGAAAACCAAAAGUGUUCUUCAUUCAGGCCUGCCAAGGGGACACAUUCCAGAAAGGGGUACAUAUAGAAACAGAUUCUACAGAGCUGGAUUCUUCUGUAGAGGCAGAUGCAAGAUUUCAGCUGGAGUGCAUUCCAGAUGAGGCAGACUUCCUGCUUGGAAUGGCCACCAUGAAGGAUUUUGUGUCCUACAGAAGCACAACCCAGGGCACUUGGUAUAUACAAUCACUGUGCGAGCACUUGGAGAAGAGCUGUCCACGAGGAGAGGAUAUUCUCUCGAUCCUGACAGCCGUAAACCGGGAGGUGAGCAGGAAGAAUGACAGGCUGAACCAAGGGAAGCAGAUGCCACAGCCCAGUUUCACACUCAGGAAAAAACUCAUCUUCCCCAUCAAUUGAACAGGGAACUGUAGUCACCCUAACUUGAAAUCUGCUAUGGGAAAGUCUGCGUCAGUUCUGGGCUUUUGUUUGUUACAAAAUUACAGCUUUCAGUAUGUGCUCUCAGGGUGGGAACAAACAUACCUUUUUUUGAAAUGUAGCUUUCCAGAGAGCAGGCUAUUUCAUUAGAAGUGUUCACUUUUUGUAGUCUGCCAGAAUUGUGAGUACAGCCAGGUUGCUGGACAGCUCAAUGCUCUCACCAGUGCCUGUAGAUCAGUGUUUCUCAGUGACCGGUCCGUGGACCAGCACCAGUCCCUGAUAUCUCCCUGACGCAGUUUAGGAAGGGAGGCGGCCAGUCCCUGGUAUCAGAAAGGUUGAGAAACACUGCUGUAGAUGAUAGCAGGUAUUAAUGUAGAGGCACUUUUUCAAAUGAUGUAUUUUUCAGGGAGAACUAUCUACCAAAUUUGGAAAACAAGAUACUGACUAACUUAGAAUCAAGUUUAGGGUUGUGCACACGUGUAGUUUAUGAUCAGCUUGUACAAAAGUAAAAAGUAAGUUUCAGAAAAUUUUCUCUCCCUGAAAAUAAUUAUACAAAUUUUAGUCCAACAGGAUAGAUUGAAGAAAAAAAUUGAAAGUAUAUGGCAAGGGCUUACACCAGAAGUGCCUUUUCAAAGCACUGAUGGUGAGGCAGGUUAAUAGUAACUUCUUUUUUUAAUAAAGUGUCCAUUAGACUUA